GAUCCAACAACUCGGAAGAGAACUUGAAAAACUGUGCGUCUCACACACAUAAAAUUAAAAUAAAUUAAGUAAAGAAGUGUAUCAUAAUUAACUAACAAGGACUAUCAUUAACAAAGAGAUACGAUAUUACGAUAUUAUAAAUACGAUGUUGUUUACUUUAUUUUCGUAAUAAAGUACGAAAACUAAAUUAUCUUCGAAUAUUUUUCAGAAAUGACAAGACCGCAAAAUUUACUAUUAAUAUUGAGCGCCGUAUGUCUACUGAAGCAUGCUUGGACAGCCAGUGUCGGAGACACUUGCAAAAUAGAGUCUACACCCGGUAUUUGUAAAAGAGCAUCUGACUGUCUUCAGUUAAACGAGUACAUUAAACGUGGCGAUAUAGAACUAGAAGGCAUUCAGUGCGGCAUUGCGACAUUUGAAAAUCUGAUCUGCUGCCCAACUACAUCAUUUUCGAAAGCAUGGAUUUUAAAGAGACUUCAGCCUGGUCUGGUCUGGUCAGUAACAGAAAAAUCAAUUAAGGAACGACCUGCUGAGAAAGCUUGUCAUUUACUGGAGGAAAAGAUAAUCGCAAAUCCAAAUAUAAGGGUACUCGGUGGUGCAUCUGUGGAACUUGGUGAGUUCCCAUAUAUGGUAGGAAUUGGCUAUAAAGCAAAUGAUGAACAAAAUACCUAUGAUAUCCGUUGCGGUGGUACUUUAAUAGAUGCUAAGUUUGUUUUAACUACCGCAUAUUGUAUAACAGUAUCUGGAAAGCCACCUCUAAUAGUUCGCUUGGGUGUUAUCAAUAAUACCGAUGUUGAAGAAAUUAAAAAUGGCUUAGAAAUUCCAAUAAAAAAAAUACACGUUCAUCCAGAAUAUGUAUCGACUGCUGUUUAUAAUGACAUUGGAUUAUUAGAAUUGGAAAAUAGUGUGGAAUUCACAUCUAACAUUUUUCCCACGUGUUUAUACACCAAUGUUCAAGGUCCACCUGCAGAUGCCGUAUUAUAUGCCACUGGUUGGGGAAUUACCAGUACAACAACACGUACGCCUUCAGACGUUCUUCUAAAAGGUGUACAGGAACUUGUGCCGUUGGACGUUUGCAAUAGUAUCAUAUCAAAUUUAAAGAGAGUAAAACAAACUCAAAUAUGUACGAGAGCUAAGAAAUCAGAAAAAAGCCCCUGUCGGGGCGAUGCAGGUGGACCUAUAAGUUUAGUUGUGGACCCCACUUGGAGAAUAUAUCGUCUAGUUGGUGUAAUCUCAGUUGGUUAUAUUUGCGGCUUACCAAUACCAGACGUAAAUACUCGUGUUGCUUCAUAUUUAGAUUUCAUUGAGAAUAUUGUUUGGCCGUAUUUGAAAUAAAUUUAAUUUAAGUUAUAAAAAUUUUAAUAAAAUUAAAUUUAUCUAA